AUGAUAGAUUACAUCUGCUGCCGUCAGAACCAGAGUCCCAUUCUAACAGACGCAAGGUCGUAUGCGGGAACAUAUGUAUUCUCCGACCAUCGCCUAGUUGUGGCGAGACUGGACAUGUCGAGAUUCUAUGGUGUUCUGGGUAUGCACCAACGCAAGACCACUGCCGGCAACAUCCGCCCUGACACUGGAAAGCUUGCUUCAGAUGUCGCAAUUCGGGAAUCCUACAAGAGAACUGUGGAGACCCAGGUCCAGUGCAGCGUGUCAUCAGAAGUCAACAGCACCCAAGCAGUCUGGGAAUCCUUAUCUGAAGUCCUCAGCAAAUCAGCACUGGAUUCGGCCGGCACUCAGCAGAGACAACAUCACCGCCAUGACUUCUCCCCUGAAAUUGAGUUGCUGUCACGCAAGCAGAAAGAUCUUCGCCUGGCGAUUGGAGAGUGCAGGGAUCACCAGAAAAGACAGUCACUAAAAAAUCAAAGAAAUCGCACAAUGCAUGAAAUUCGUGAUAUCGCAUCUGACAAUGCCAAGAGAGCCUUGGAUCGUCAAGCAGAGGAAGUGGAGCGACUGCAUGAUAGUGGGGCAAAGAUGUUCCGUGCUGUCCAGCUACUGAAGCGAAAACCGUACAGCCAGCCUGUUAUUCAUGAUGAGAAGCAGCGGGUCGUUAUCAACCCUGCAGACCAGGAGGCGUUCAUCAUCAAACAUUAUGAAAGCCAAUUCCAUGAUAAAUCCCUCCCUGACAUUCCACAAUUCCUAGGUGAUCCCAGCCCUCUCCCCAAUCAUAUCACAUCGUCCGAAGUUAGGAGGGCCUUCCAAAGCCUGAAUAACGGGAGAGCGGCAGGCCCUGACCAUCUCUCCGGAGAGUUACUCAAGUACAGUCCUCCCAUUGUCGCUGAGAUGACUUCCGACAUCUUGAACCGAGCUAUUGAGACACAUGACCCACUCGAAGUUGGCAGAGGAACCCUAAUACUGCUGCAGAAGCCCGGUAAACCACUAGGGCCGCCCGCUUACUAG